AUGAGUUUCAGCACAGCAGUCUGGAGUGCGGGUUCACAUUUGCCAAACCCUUCAACCGACUUCCUCCCCGUCCCUCAUGCUGCAAUGGUACAUGUAAGAGUGAGACUGAGAAAAACACGGCAACACACUCAAAUUUCCUGACACCGUCCAGUCAUCAGUCAGGAUUCUCAGUUGCGUUGUCAUUGUCUCGCUACGUACAGGAAGAGCAUCGUCAACAGGUGAUCUGGGGUAUAAAAGCAAAGCAGAAAGACCCCCUCGCUUCAGUCUCUAAUUAUCUGCCAACCAACAAGGAUCCCUACUUGUUAUCGAUGUGCUAACUUCCAUCUUUGGAAGGUCGAUGACUUAAACAUACUGCUGGCUUAUCGAUAGGAAGAUAAGGACCUAGGGAAGGGCAAUUAUCAUCACAGGCAGAUGUAUCACUAGCGUCUGAUUUGGACGCAUCUAAUUCACAGAAUGUCAGAAAACGAAACGGGAAAAUUAACUGGAAAGUGAAUCAGACACUAGUUCUUCAACUCCGCAAUCGGCAGACUUGUAAUGACAAUGUUAUUUUGAUAUCCUGGAUAUCACAUUAUCUUCUGAAUGUUGUAAUACUGCUCUGUACAAGAAUAAAGUGACUGGCAAUUCAGUAAAGACAGGCAAAUAGUGACACAAACAAAUAACUGGUGAUGUCAAAACGCUGUUAAUUUUCAAUUCCAUAGAGAGUCGACUUUGUUGUGACAUUUUGCAAAUUUUCAGUCUGAUAAUCGUUUGUCAACAUGAACAACAAGGAAUCAAUUGGUGCCUCUUUACUCAUCAUUAGUGUGGUGAUUACAUUAACUCAUGCUGGAAUCUUGAGCACUUCUCCAGCCAAGGUGUUGGCCCAACCUUCAGAGACUGUCCAGCUCCAGUGCCACUACACCAUCAACCAUCGGCUAAGCUGCGAUGGAAGUUAUCUCUUCUGGUACCACGGCAACAAUGUGAUGGUGAUGAACAAUACCGCACCCCGGAAGCCUCAAUACACUGCUUCCCUUGACCAGCAAUAUCUUAAUGAUUCCAUUCAGUGUACUUACACGUUGUACAUCAAUGAAAUCAGCGUCAAAGAAGCUGGAAACUACGCCUGUAUCUUUAUUUGGUAUGAAGGUUACUACCACUACGAGCAAGUGAUGUCCGAAGUGUUUGUUGUGCAACGUCCGGACCCCAAGUUCCCAAUCUGCAGCAAGAAAAUUACAACUACGGAAGCUGGGGAUAAGUCACUGGCCUUUGUCUGUCGGUCGGAGGCAACGAUGAAGGAGGGUAUGUCUUUGAGAUGGAGGAAUGGUUACCAGGUUCUGGAGACCAAGACUAACAUCAGCAAUGGAAUGAUGAUGGCAAAAUAUAUCAUGAAUGGUAGCAAGGUCAUUCCUAACGACACACAUGAGUACAUCUGCGAAGUGGUGUACAACCAAGUUAGCUUGGAUCAAUCUUGCACCAUCCAAGCAACAAUGGGAGUGGUCAUCAAUUCUUUAUACCACAUCAAGGAUACACCAGAGGACAGCUAUGCAACGUUCACUUGCUCCGUCAACAUGAGUAUCCCAGGUAUUGGCUUCAAACGGACCUGGUAUUACCAUGGAACAAAGAUUGACCCUCGAGAUGUUCAUGAUCGCUUCCUGGUAGACAGUCACGCAGGCGAGCUGCAUGUGAGAAAUGUGACGCAAAUGGAUGGCAGCGAGCACAUUCAGUGUCUGGUAACCUCGAUUCUCGGUAACGGAACAGCUGACGCCAUGAUGAUCAUCAAGAAUGACCACACCGACACCAUGUUCAAGAAUAAAUCUGGGAACCACUACAAUACUACACUCAUCACAGCUCUGGUUGCAGGUGCUUUCUCGCUUGUGAUCCUUGUCAAUGUUCUUCUCUGGUUCAUGAAAGGAAAAACAAGAAAGGCCAGCAGAGGAUUCCAGAGACAUCCUACCCCAGACAUUGACAACAGACCACCUGUACACCCGGAGCUCAUUCCCUACGAUACAGAUGAUGAUGCAGGAAAUAUCUACCAAUAUGCCGAAACACCUUAUAUGAAAUCAAAACAAUGUAGCUUGAGCGAUGAUUUCCCCUACUUGAACACAGGUGUCUCAAAACUUAGCGAUAGUCAGAAACUAUGCAGUACUGAAGAUAUAUCUCCGUAUACAGUCUCUUCAGGCAUGAAGAAUGACUACAUCAACAUGAAUAAACCUGCGCUUCGUGCACUUCCGAGUGAGGAUACGGAUGAGUAUGAGUGUAUGUACCAAGACACUGAAACAACGUGCGCAGACAGCGGUAGGGGGAGUGCGUACAGCACUUGCACGUCAGAAAGCACUCUUCUGAAGAGCGUGGAUCCCAAUCAUCAAUACUACCAAACAAUCCGGACAAGUGCCCCAAUGCUUGACGAUGAAAUGCCCAUCAUAGUUUCUCUGGAGGAUCGGGCACCAACACUGCCAAGAAAAGAAGGCAAGAAAGCCACGACAAGCCAUGACUAUCAGGGCUUGGAUAAGAGUGAAAUACAGAGCAAAGACUCCGUCUACACCAAGUUAAAGCAAAAGCAAAAGCAUGAUGAUUCUCAUAUUUAUGAAAAUAUAGCGUGAUUGUUAAAAACGUAACUCUUCUCUCGCUGAUAAAAAAGGGUAUUUUUUUAACAUGAUAAGAUCUAGGAUGUUUAAAGGUGAAGACACUUUGCAUGUUUCUAUUGCUCUAUAUGAUGUUUAAUUAAUGUGCAUUUGUUAAAGUAAUAUAAGAUUUGUUUAUUUCAAUUCGUAAUUCAAUUCUUUUAAUAGUAGUUUUUCUCAAGCAUGAAAUCUCUGUAAUUUUGAGUGGUUUUUCACGAUACAUUGAAUAGGGGAAAAGUUGGAAAACUUUUAUCCAUGUCUUUCCUGUCUUUAGCAGUUCAAAAAUACUCAGACAGAGGAUGUUAGAGCUGAUGUAUUCCAAAUGAAUAUGGACUAAACAUUUUAAAAUUCAUUCUGUUCUUUAAAAAAUUAUUGGACACUUGCAAUAUUCAUGCAAAUAAAGUGAAUGAAGAGUGAAACAAAAUUCACUUUUGCCACAUUAUUUUUAACCAAUGGAUUUUUAAGCAGAAUAUUUAAUGCUACAUAAACUUUUAAUAGUUGUCAAUGUUUCCAAUAGUUAAUCAAGCAACGGCAUCGUGCGGAAAAUUCAGUUUACUAUGAGAAAAUGAGACAGAUGUAGUGCAUAAGAACACAAGUACAAGCAUACGUUUCAUCCAUGAUAUUUACAUUGGAGACCUACAAGCCUAAAGUCGGUACAGUCAAGAUCAUGCGAACAGGAAAUUGGUAAUUGUUGAAAGAUCCAAAUCAGCUUGAAAUCAGAGCAAUUGACUUAAUCUGGUCUUAUAUCACCUACAUGUAGUCUCCUUAUCACACAAUCAAGGGAGAUAAAAGAACAGAUUUUCAAUUAUUUCACAAUACUCAAAAUUUUGCUUCUUUCUCUUCUCAGUUGAGUGAUAAUAUUACAUCAAGUGAAAAGUUGUCACAUGUUGCUUAAUAAUUAAUCAAAAGGAUGUAUCUAUAAAAAAAAAGACUCAUGGGGAACAAAUAUCUAACUUAUGAAUUUCAAAAAAUUUCCUCAUUUUCUACAAAUGAUUGUUUCAAACUGUUUGAAGAAAAUGGUCAACAGGCAAUUCAACAUUUGUUUGGCACGGUGUUCUUUCUGAAAAAAAAAUCUUUAAAAGAUCAUAAGAGUAUUCUCUAAAUGUCAAUAGCUAUAUUGUGAAUAUUUGAUAGAUUUUCACUCAAUGUUUUGCGAAUUAAAAUCUAGAAUAGGGGACCGUGCCAUUCCCUCUAGUCUAUAAUAUUUGUCCGAAUGAAGUGUAAGAACUAUAAAUAGAAGGUAGAUGAUAUUACCUCCAAACUGAGGAAACAUUCAUAAUUUCAUCAUAAGUAUCCUCUUUCUGGCCCUUCUUCUGAUCACAUUGCCUAAUGUUAUUUCCUAAUCAUCGUGAAAAGAAGACAGCUGGAAACUCUUCUGUUGGAACCUAUGAUCAUGUGCCAUAUCCUCUUACUCAUUGCACUGCACAUGGGAGUUAAGAUUUAACUCAUUGAAUACCAAUUCACUGUUUGGAUUGGCCAAAAUAAAUAUGUUGGUAAAUACAUGUAUGUGUCCGAUUCGGAAUAUUGUCGAAAUUAAUUUAAGUUUUAUUAGAUUAGACCUAAUGAGUUGGUUGAUUUUACAGUUUCGGAAGGGUUGGAUAUAACAGAUUUGUUAUUUUGACCAAUCCUUCUUAAAUAGUGGACCUGUUAAUCACUGUAUUAAACCUUUGUGCAUCACAGGACAGUUGGAAAUAGACGUAUUAAAAUGAGAGACUUAAAAUAUUGUAAGAGACGAUUUGUACCAUUUGGCCAAAAGUUCUUAUACACACUGUCAUCAGCAUAAGCAAAAAUGCCAAAAAUCAAUUCACUUUCCUAAAUGUUGAAAAAUGCAAUGAUGAUCAUUAGCAAACAGUUAAUUUGUUAUUUAAAAGUUCCAUUCAGCUCACACUUGGAGUAAACUAUGUUACGUCACUUUGAUACUAAAGAAGAUAAUACACCUUGAAAUGUUUGAACUGACUCAAAACUAUCAUUGCAUCGCACGUUCACAUUUAUCGAUUGCUAAUGAAAUCUCACUCUGUCGGCCAUUGUUUUAGAUCAGGUGAUACGAACAAUUCACAAACACUGACCUCUCAGUCAUUCAAUAUCAAAACUAUUGACCAGUGCACUAUUCGAAGGUUCAUUGGUUUCUUUUCCCAAGAAGUUUGCCUUGGCAAGAUCCGACGAACAUUUGGGACACUGACUCUGAUUAUGACCGAGUAGACAGUCUGAAAUUUAUUUUUCGCAUUUCGAGUUUACUCAGCUAAAACAAACCACAAAGGGAAGCCCAAAAUUACAUGUGUCAUCUUUUCAGGAGUUUACAAACAAAUCUUGGAAUUUCAUUCCAUGUUUCCUGAGCUAAGACUUGAGGUGUUAUAGUGCAAUCAUAAUACAAUCCUACAAUUUUAACUUUUCUUCCUUUUAAGUAAUUUGUCGUUGAAAGUGCUUUUCCAAUAUUUCACAUCAAUCAUUAUUGUGUGCGGCCAAAUUACCCAACGCAUACAAUUUGUUAAUUUGAUAUUUGAAGUUAUUUGAAGUCAAUCUAUAUCUUGAAAGAACAUACAAAUUGGAUUUGAAUUAAUUGAAUAUCUGCAAUAAUGAUAAGUCACAAUAACAACCAUCAUGUAUAGUUUGUUUUUGGAAUUUCAUUCAAUGUGAUUACAAAGAUAUAAAUAAGUCUUAAUUAUUCAAUUUGUGAUACAAAGUUAAUGAAUUUAUUUCAUUAAUUAUCAAGUAUAAAAAAACUAAAACUUUGAGUUUGAUAAAAAAAUUAGUUAACUAAAUCAGAUAUAUCUUCAUCAUGGCAAAUUUUGGAUAUUAAUUAUAAUCUUUUGCAUUCCUUGUACAUUUGAACCCCAGCCUGCAUGUUACCCUACCUAAGACCUUACAAUCUUUAAUAUAAUUUUCUUUUUAUUUGUAGUAAGUAUAGUACCAAUCAAUUUCAUUUCUAGUUUCUGGUUUUGUCAUGAUAUGUACACGUUAUAUAAAACCAAAAAAUGGGUAAUUGAUAUGAUAUUCAAAAGUUUUACUUGAAUUAACAAUUUUAUGUGGAUGUGAAAUGGUUAGGGCAUAAACUGAGAUGAAUUUAUUUUUCCUACAAAUAUUUUUAAGAAUUGAAUCUGUUGAUUGUGUACAUAGGAUAUGUUUGUGUGUUUAAUAUAUUUCAUGGUGUAAUUAACAAUAUUUCCCACUGAUCAGUACUAUGUGCAUGUUUUUGAUGAAACUGCAGUUUUGAUAAAACCUAAAUUUAUAAUUAUAUGCAAGAAUGAAACUUGAAUAAAUGUAUAAAGGUUGGAAUCAAA